AUGAAAAAUAACAAGAGAGGUUUAUUCAUAGUUCUUGAAGGAUUAAAUAAAUGUGGUAAAUCUUCAUAAACUAAAUUAUUAAGAGAAGCUCUUGAAGCAAAAAAAAUAUAAUUUCCAAACAGAAGUACUUCGAUGGGUUCAAUCAUAUCAGAUUAUUUGAAAGGAAAAAGAGAUAUUAAUGAUUAAGUGAUUCAUCUUUUAUUUUCAGUAAAUUGAUGGGUAGCUGAGUAUUAAAUAUAAAAAUAAUUUGGUAUACCAUAAUAAAAACAUUAAAUAAAGGAAUCAAUUUAGUUUGUGAUAGAUAAGCAUAUUCUGUUGUGGUAUUUUAUUCUGCAAUAGAACUUCCAAUUCAAUGGUGUAAGCAAUGUGAUUCAGGUUUACAAAAAAACAGAUCUAUUAAUAUAUUUAAGAGCUCCAAUCAAAUAGUUGAAGGAUAAAGAUGAUUUUAGAGCAGAACGAUAUGAAAAAUAAGAAUUUUAGUAAUAAGACUAAGAAUUUUUUAAUAAAAUGGCUCAAUAAGAAUAAUUUAAUAUUAUUAAUGCUUUAUAAACCAAAGAGGAAAUAUUUACUCAAAUCAUGGACCUUAUUAAUGCUGAUAUUUAGAAUGCAUUAAUUAUACAAUAGAAUAACUUUGGAGCUGAAUUGAGUCACUAUACUUUAUUCAUUUUUUAUAAAUUAAUAUAAUAUUUUGUAAAAUUUUUUGAAUCGAUAAACUAAAAAUAAAUCCUUUAUCCUUCAACUCUAAAUAAAAAAAUAAUUGUGAUUAUACAUUUUCAGCAUUCACAAAUCUAAUUUUAAUUAUUUUCAUUCCAUUUAUUUUUUAUAUUUUAAUUUACUAUUUUUUAUUGCUUGUUUUCACCUCUAAGUAAUUUAUUCAAUUUUUAAAUGAACUUAUCUAUAUUCAUAAAGAAUAAUGGAAUUUUGAUCUUCGAUUUUUAAAGAAACUAUAAAUAAAAAAAUUUGACCACAGAGGGAUUCAAAUAGUCGCCCUUUCGGGCUGCAGCCUGA